UAUUCAUCAAAUUAGUCGUGCAGCUGAGGCCAAAUUGAGUUCUUAGAUGGGUCGAGGACGUUGGUGUCGUCGGUUCGGUGCUCUAUGGAGGGCACAUGCUGCCGACAAUAUGCAUGAGAAGAAAGGAACAUUCUGGACGAUGUUGGCCAGCAAAGUCAGUGUCGGUACCGUGUAAAACGUUUGACACAGUUUGCAACACAUCUUGAUUUCUUGAGGCAAAUCGACACAGAGAGAAGCAAAGAGUUGUGGUUUUUAUAUUUUUUUUAUUGGUUAAAAAUCUGAAAGGUUUGGAGUCACUGAGGGAAACACUUUGGAAACAACUUUUUAGCGGAGUGGGAUCGGUCAUCAUGGUGAAGAUGAUACAUCCGCACCAUGAUUCGUUCACCUGAGGUCUGUUUUUCACAAACAUCUCAUGCUAAAUCAGCUAAACACAGAGCUAGCCCCAACCCUCUUCCUCCAAUUUAACUAUCCUGCCUUGAACCAUUUUGCAAAAAAAAAAAAAAAUCCUUCACUUCCACCUUGUAAUUAUGCAGCACUCUGUCGGUCUUUCACAUAAAAUCCCACUGAAAUCAAGUACAUUUCCUUGUUGCAGCGUGACAAAAUUUCAGAACUAACGAAGACUCGUUCAGGGGACUAUAAAUUUCCAUUUGCCACAACAGGCAAAUCAAUGUAAAAGUGCAUUACUCUCAUUGCUUAGCAAGCGGCCAUUGUCGCAGCACUUAAGUUUCAGUUGUUGACAAGAAGCCAAAAGGCUUUUAGAUUCAGAGAUUACGGCCAUCAGUGACAGAAAAUGGUUGCGGUAAACAUAACGUAAAGCCAGCUGAAGAAAAAAUAAAAACCACGUAAAACCAGCAGCAAGACCCGCUGGCUGCUGGAUUACGUCGUUCUCCGAGCAUUUGCAGUUUCAGACAUUUUUCAGCUCAGAUGACAGGUAAUCUAAUAACGAGGUGAUGCGAAGCACAUUAAACUGUGUGGAUCCACGUGUGUUGUUAUGAUGCCGUUGCCACGGGGACUUAUUGGAUAAUCGCAGGAAAAAAAUGUACCUGCUCGAGUUCGACUCUGCAAUCGCUCACGUUUAUGAAGAGCAGAGCGGUGGAGAGAGGGUGGGAGUGGGAGUGGGAGUGGGGGAUAAUAUUGAGUAUUUAAGCAGAAGUGGGAGUUUUACCAGAAGGGAAACUAUGAAAUGAAUGUGGAGGUGAAACAGGAGGUAGUGUGUGACCCUUUCAGCCAUGUGUGUGCGUGCGUGUGUGUGUGUACCACAUGACCGUUGAGCAGCCAGCGCCGGAUCCUGACUUCCUCGUCUAUCUUCUGUAAUUGCGUUACUCUUCGAGCGUUUCACAGUCCCAUGACUGCUCAAUGGAGAAACGGACCACCGUCAGCAUGAAAAAAACAAUCCAUUGUUCUGUUUUCAGUCUUGGUUUGGUGAAAGAAAGAGAAACCUUCUGGAAGAACAGUUCGAUUUUGCCACGUUUAUAUGAUUCACACCAGGGCAUAAAAAGCUGUACAGAUUCUACUUGGCUGCUUUUUUUUUUCUUCUUCUUCUUUCUGCGCGUACAUCUUUCAUUUAUGUUACGCUUGUGUACAAUGUGACAACUGUUAGGCUGUAAAACUUGUGCAGGAUGACAGGGAAGGUGUGCUUGUACUCACAGCACGCUGUUGUAGUCUGAUAGUUGGAUGAUGGGGUGAGGAGGAGUCUGCUGCUGUGAGAGUCGGGGGCUAUAAAAGGCCUUUUGUUUGGCCACAGCCAAACACCCUGCACCACAGCAGAUCCUGCAGCCUGCUCCCGUCUGGACCUGAGGACCAAACCCAAACGAAGACAAAGCUCUUCCUGUUUAGGUCAGGCAGCAUGGAUGCAAGUAGUACAUCAAACUCUCAGAUCCCCACACUGCAUGCCGAUGCUCUGUGUGGCAGCUGCCCGCCCUCUGGUUCUGCUCCGCAGUCCGGCGGCCUCUGGCCCACUCUGCCGCCGUCCGGAGCCGGGUUCCCCGCGUGGCCCGGGCAGCCCACCCAGCCCGUCCCAUGCUGGACCGGCCAACCAAACACCGCCUGCUGGCCCGCUCCCCAACCGGCUCCGGUUUCAGUUCCCGCUCCUAUUUCAGUUUCCGCACCGACUCAAGUUAUAACGCCACCAGCACCGACCGCAACGUUGGUCCCAGCGCCAGUUCAGGUUCCGACUCCCGCAGUCCAGCAGCCCUGUCAGCCAUGUUGGCCUGCCACGCAGUACCAGCCGUCCCAGCAGCCGGCUCCGAUUCAAACCCAGGUGCCUGCUCCAGCUCCGGCCGCCGCCACCAUCCACCCGGGCUUACCCGGCUGGCCUGCUCACCCUGGCUGGCCUUAUAACCCGGGACAGUCAGGAUGGCCCGGACAGAAUCCAUCUAUGAUGCCGCCCCACUGGCUUCCCCCUACAUCUGGACCUAUGAGUGUGCCGUACAACUUAAACCUGGCUCGAGGAGUAUAUGACAAAAUGAUGAUGACAAUCCUGGGUUAUGUCAAACCCAAUGCCAAAAUGUUCACAGUCAACUUCCUGAGAGGCAACGACAUUGCCUUUCACAUCAACCCACGCUUUAACGAGGGGGGCAAGCAGGCGGUCGUCCGGAACCACAAAUUGGGGGAUCGCUGGGGCCCGGAGGAGAGGGACCUUAAGGGACCCUUCCCUUUCGCUCCUGGGAGCCCGUUUGAGAUGAAGAUCCUGUGCACUCCCGAGACGUUCAGGGUGGCGGUGAACAACAUCCCGCUGUUCGAGUUCCGCCACCGCAUCCGAGAGCUGAACCAGAUCGACCGGAUCAACAUCCUGAACGACGUCGUCCUCACCUACGUCAACGUGGAGACGCUUCCUUAGGGAACAAGCGGCAGAUUUUUUUUUUUAAUAUAUAUAUAUACUUUUCACUCAGAAAUAAAGCACAGAUUGUCAGCUAAGUUUCAGAAAUGUGCUUAAAUUUAAACAUUUUUUUUUUUUGCAGUUUUCUGAAACAACUGACUAAAUAAAUUGGUGAACAACUUGGAUUGUUUUCAGAAUGAGCUUUAACUGUUGGGACCAAAAAAAUCUAAUAGCGUUGCCUGUGUUUUCUUCUGGGGGGGCGGCAUGAACUAAUAGUAGUAUUGCUUUUUAAAUGAUUUACCAUCAUAUGAAUACCCAGGUCUUUUUCCAGGUUUUAUGACGCAAGUAAUACAAACUUGAUUGUGUUUUUUAUUUUUAUUUUGUUGUUUUUACAGAUAACAAUCCUGGACAAACACUAGCUAAAAUAAAAUCUAGCUAACCAUAAAAAAUGCAAAUAAAAGUUGAAAUGAUGUCGUCAGGUAACUAAAAAAAACUAGUGUUUUUUUUUUAAUAUUAGUUGCAAAAUCAAGAAGAAAGCAUCCAAAUCUGCAUGUCCAUGCAAUGUUUACUUUGCAAAAAUAUUUUAUGAUUUUUUUUUUAUAAUACUUGAAUGAUGAUUAUGUACAUUUGUGUUACACAUACCUGCAGUAAGUGCAAAUUACCGCCUUUGUAAUGGAUUUAACCAUUUAUUGCAUCUUUAUUUUUCAGUUUGAAGAGGUUGUCCUAAUUGUUUACAUUAUUUUGUUUAUUAAAUAAAACGUCACUAACUAAUUUGGCAAAGUGAACCUUCAAUAAAAGUUUGAGCAGGAAA